AUAUUUUUCAGUUUCCUAUUGUGUAUCCGAUUCGGCUAGGAAAAUGCGGUUCCUCUUGUGUUUCGUAUUUGCCAGAGCGCUAUACGUCGCGUGUGAUAAAGUUCAAAUUAUUUCCUACUCAAUUCCCGGCGAGAUAGCAAAAGCGGAACAGUUUCCCUACCAAGUAGGCUUCGAGUAUCCUGGCAAUAAUGAAACACGAUUUUCUGGGGCCUUAGUUUCACCAUCUCAUAUAUUGACCGUUGCCGAUCAUAUUGUCAGGAAUAAAACUUUGAACGUGUACCUUGGAGCGCACCGUUUUCACAACUUUAGUGAAACAGGUCGGGUCAAUCGAGUCGUUGAUACGGAUAAAGACGUGGUUAUUUUUCCCGAGUAUGAUGCAGAAAGAGCACUGGACAACCUUGCCAUAGUGAUACUGCAAGAGGCAGUAAAAUUCUCACCAACCAUUCAACCUGUAAGUCUUCCUAUGGUCAGAUUUAACUCUGAGGAAUCUUACGAUAAUGAAGUUGUUUGGGUCUCUGGCUGGGGUGAAAAACCACCACUUAAUAAGAAGCGUAAAACUCUGCAUUAUUUGAAUGUUACUGUCCACCCGUAUCAGGACUGCCAUGUGAAUAACCCAAUUGAGAGUGUUCAACUCUGCUUAGACACUUCUUCUGGAAGGUUCAUUUGCUCAGGGGAUGCUGGCGCUCCUAUAGUUUUGGACCGUGGAGAUUCACGAAUAUUAGUUGGAUUAGCAAACCGUCCGCAGCGUUGUAUUUCUGAGGAACCACAAAUCGCAUUGCGCAUCUCUUCAUAUUUGGAUUGGAUUACAGAUAAUUUGCUUUGAUUAGGAGAACUUUUGUAGUCUUUUAGGUAGGAGGCAAAUAAACCUAAGGUUGGAAGAAAUAAAUAUUGUUUACUUUUUAA